GUGUGGGCCUCCUUCAACCCAGCGCCACGUCCCGUACAUCCCGGAGAGUCUUCAGUCAUGCUGCGUUCCGCUCUCGCCGUGCUGGCCGCCGUCGUCCUCCUGGUCCGGGCCGACAUCCAGGAGGAGAACCACGUACUGGUGGUGAAGAAAGACACGUUCGAGGAGGCGCUGAAGAACGACUAUCUGCUGGUGGAAUUCUAUGCUCCGUGGUGUGGACACUGCAAAGCCCUUGCUCCUGAAUAUGACAAAGCUGCAAAGAUGCUGCACGAUGAAGGUUCAAAUAUCCGUCUGGCAAAGGUGGACGCAACAGAAGACUCGGAGCUGGCUCAGCAAUUUGGCGUUCGUGGAUACCCUACAAUAAAGCUGUUUAAGAAUGGAGACAAAUCUUCCCCAAAAGAAUACUCAGCUGGCAGGGAUGCAGCAGACAUUGUCAACUGGCUGAAGAAGCGCACUGGCCCAGCCGCAACAACCCUGAGCGAUGAGGCGGCUGUAACAGCUUUCAUUGAAGGAAACGAAGUUGCCGUUGUUGGUUUCUUUAAGGAUUCCGAAUCUGAGCUGGCAAAGGCUUUCCUGCAGGCCGCAGAUUCAGUAGAUGACCUUCAGUUUGCUAUCACUUCCGAUGAUGCCGCCUUCUCCAAAUAUGAAGUUGGGAAGGAUGGCAUUGUUCUGUUCAAGAAGUUUGAUGAAGGCAAGAAUGUGUUUGAAGGGGAAGCAACAAAGGAUGAAGUGCUUAACUUUGUUAAAUCCAAUCAGCUGCCUUUGGUCGUUGAAUUCACUGAGCAGACGGCACCAAAGAUCUUUGGUGGGGAGAUGAAGACGCACAUUCUUUUAUUCCUGCCAAAAAGUUCCACUGACUUCAAAGACAAGCUGGACAACUUCAAGAAGGCAGCCACUGGCUUCAAGGGAAAGAUCCUGUUCAUCUUCAUUGACAGCGACCAUGCAGACAACCAGCGUAUCUUGGAGUUCUUUGGUCUGAAGAAGGAAGAAUGCCCAUCUGUCAGACUGAUCACAUUGGAGGAGGAAAUGACCAAAUACAAGCCACAAAGUGAUGAUCUGUCUGCUGAGAAGAUCACCGAGUUCUGUGAAAGUUUCCUGGACGGCAAAGUGAAGCCUCACCUGAUGAGCCAGGAUGUGCCUGAAGACUGGGACAAGAACCCAGUUAAAGUACUUGUUGGAAAGAACUUUGAGGAAGUGGCCUUUGAUGAGAGCAAAGAUGUGUUUAUAGAGUUCUAUGCUCCAUGGUGUUUUCACUGCAAGCAGCUGGCACCAAUCUGGGACCAACUGGCAGAAAAGUAUAAGGACCAUGAAAGCAUUGUCAUUGCCAAGAUGGACUCCACAGCAAAUGAAAUUGAAACUGUAAAGAUCCACAGCUUCCCCACCUUGAAAUACUUCCCAGCUGGAGCAGAUAAAAAGAUGGUUGAUUAUAAUGGAGAGCGAACACUAGAUGGAUUAACAAAGUUCUUGGAAAGCGGAGGACAGGAAGGAGCAGCAACGGAGGAGGAUUUGGAGGACUUGGAAGAAGCCGAUGAGCCUGAAUUAGAAGAUGAAGAUGAUGACCAACACAAAAAAGAUGAAUUAUAAAAGAUAAAGAAAGAUUGAAACUGCAACAGCCAGAAGACACUAAGAGUGGAGGGGGAGGAAUGAUGUCUGGGAAUGUAUUACGUUGUUGGAGCUCUGAAAAGCAGCCAGGGAAAAUGCCAUCAGUCUGUACGUUUUUCUUGUUUUGGGUAAAGGGAGCUUGAGGUUAUUUUUUUAUAUGGUUGUCAUUUUUUUUUUUUUCACUGUGAUGCGUUAUUUUUUUUUUUUAACACUUUCAGUAAUCUGCCCUAAUGUAAAGUUUGGCACUUGUUGCUGCUUCCUGUAUUGUGUUGUCCUGUCUUUUAUGUUUUUAUUGUGAAUGACUUACUCUAGAUGGAAAGAACCAUUGCAUGGCUGGUGUCCUUAAGGGCUGUCAUCUUCCUCCUUGUCUUGGCCACUCUUAGAUUAGAUGCGAUUUAAAAGCUGUAAUUGCAGUAAUGGGUCUCGAACAGCAACUUUCCAGCAUCUCUUUAUCACAUUGCCCUCCAGUGGCUUUCAGUAUUUCAUGCAGAGUACAGUCUCCCUGGACUGAUGGCUCCCAAUGGACGGCAGUCCCUCCAGUGACACGCAGCCCUGUAUUGCAGUUAUGUCCUGCCCGUCAGGACCCAGCCUCUGAGAUUGCAACAUAUGACACUUUUUUUUUUGUUUUGUCACGUCACACGGGCAAUUUUGAACAUUUAAUUCUGAAAGCAUUCCAUCAUAUUUAAUUUGGGACGUGUUGGCCAAAUAAAUAAUUUUAAUAAAG